AUGGCGGGUUAUCCGCAGGGACCACCGGGCUACGGUGUACCACCUCCGCAGCGCUACGGCUCCACCCUAUAUGGUGCACCACCGGCGCAGCCCUUUGGCGCCACCCCAUAUGGUGCACCACCGGCACAGCCCUACGGCGCCGCUCCAUAUGGUGCGCCACCAGCAGAGGCAUAUGCUCCCUCGGCCACACCCUACGGUGCACCAACGGCACCAUUUGGUAGCCUGUUUGCAGCUCCGGUACCGUCGACAUUUCCUCCAGGGACAGACCCUUCUUUGGUGGCUUGCUUUCAGAUGGCAGACGAGGACCGUAGCGGCUUCAUAGACGAUAAGGAGUUGCAGAGGGCACUUUCCACUUACAACCAGACCUUCAGCCUCAGGACUGUUCACCUCCUCAUGUACCUCUUUACUGGCACCAAUACCCGAACUAUUGGACCCAAGGAGUUCAUUUCGGUUUAUUACAGUCUGCAGAACUGGAGGGCUAUCUUUCAGAGGUUUGAUAGGGAUAAGAGUGGAAAGAUCGAUUCAAAAGAAUUACAGGAAGCCCUUAUGAGCCUUGGAUUUGCAGUUUCUCCAGUGGUCUUGGAAUUGCUCAUUUCUAAAUACAUGAAAUCUGAUUAUAUCAGGGCAAUCGAAUAUGAUAAUUUCAUUGAGUGUUGUCUUACAGUUAAGGGACUCACAGAGAAGUUUAAGGAGAAGGACACCAUGCGCAAUGGAACAGCAUCUUUCACGUAUGAGGGUUUCAUGUUGACCGUUUUACCUUUCCUUAUUGCAUAA